AUGAACGUCUUCAAGAAUCUGUUCAAGGAGACGGGGGUCAAAGAUGUGAUCACCCUCUUUCACGCCCCCAAGAAUCCUGCCUCGAUCCGCGUCCAUACCAUGCUCAAGCAAGCAGCCGCCACUGCUCAUUCCCAUGCGACAGAAGACCAAGCGGCCGACCACAAGAAGCAGAGCAAGCUCGAGCGGACAGACUUUGACUUGGACGUACAAGAAGGGCCACCAACAAGCGACCAACUGAGCAGCAUACUUGACUAUCUGGGCCCAUCGAAGGCUGGGACAGUGAUCAACGAGGCGACUGGGAGCAGCGACGCACUGAGGAAGUUCAAGGCGAGCGAAAUGUCGUUUGUACGACCGGUGGUGGUGGACUGGAACAAUGGGCGGGCUGUGACGGGGGACAACGAAAGCGAGAUCAUGGACUUGAUUCGGAGCCUACCAAAGGAGACGGGCAAAGUUUGA